UUUUACUGCAAAGGAAAGAAAGUGGAACCGGAAGAAAACAAUCCACAUGUCAAUAGUCUGAACGUUUUGUGUGAAAUCGUGCUUGAAUCCAAAAUAAAUCCAAUAUCAUGAAGAUAGUAACAUGGAAUGUAAAUGGCAUCAGAACUCGCCCAUCACUGAAGGAGGACAUCGAAUCUCUGGACGCUGACAUUCUUUGCUUUCAAGAAACUAAAGUAACAAGGGACAUGCUGGAAGAGCCUGUGGCAGUCAUUGAUGGCUACAACUCCUACUUCAGCUUCAGUCGCAAGAAAACAGGAUAUUCUGGUGUGGCCACAUAUUGUCGUGAAUCCUGCACUCCUGUCAAGGCUGAGGAAGGGCUCAGUGGGACCCUGGCCAGUGGGAAAGGAGAUGUUGGUUGCUAUGGCAAUCUUGGCUAUUUCGGUAAAGAAGAACUAGAGUCUCUGGAUGCUGAAGGGCGAGCCAUCAUUACGCAGCACACUGUCAGGAAUUCAGAUGGUGAUGUGAAAGAUUUGGCAAUCAUCAAUGUAUAUGUGCCGCGAGUGGACAGUGAGAGAGAUGAUAGGAAGGAGUACAAACUGCGGUUCCUGACGUUGCUUCAAACCAGGGCAGAGGCUCUCCUUACACAAGGAAGUUAUGUGAUUGUUGUUGGAGACAUCAACAUCUCCCAUCGGAUGAUCGACCACUGUAAUCCUGACAGUGAGGAAUUUAACCUUCGACCUGACCGUCAAUGGCUGAACAGGUUCUUAUGGAGUGAAGGUCAAGAUUCAUCACUGGAGGUCAAGGAUGAACAAGAGCUGCUUCAGAUUUCAACCCCAGAUACAAAAAGUGGCCAGUUUAUAGAUUCUUUUCGGUACUUUUAUCCUGACGAGAAAGAUGCCUUCACCUGCUGGUGCACCCUGACAUCAUCAAGAGUCACCAACUAUGGCACCCGGCUUGAUUACAUCCUUGGAGAUGCAGGACUGGUUAAAAGCAGUCUGAAGGCUUGUGUCCAGAUGGUGGAAGUGCAGGGUUCGGACCACUGCCCGGUGAAGGCUGAGUUCAGUCUAGCCGGUGUGGCAGCCAUUAAAGCUCCAUCGUUGUGCACAAAGUACAUGCCAGAGUUUGCCGGGAAACAGCAAAAGUUAUCUUCCUUCUUUGUCAAAGCUGCAAAGAAGGAAUCCGUAAAUGCUUCUGAAGAAGUCAUUGAACUGACCAGCUCUCAGAGCUCACAAGAAUCAAACAAAAGUGUUGAAUCCAACCCUGAGAAGAAGAGACCAUUAGUAGAGGAUUCUGGGAAACCUGUAUUGAAGAAACCCAAACUUGAAUCGAAGAAAUCUUCUGAAGAAGGAAAACAAGCCAACUUGAUGAGUUUUUUCAGAAAAAAACAGCUUGCCAAUACCAAACCAGAACCUGUGAAACAAAAGUCAAAUGGUGACGAAAAAUCCUCCGAUAUAACAAACGGGGAGAGGAUCCAAGACAAGACAGUUGACAAGAAGCUUGUUGAAGCUUCCGAGAAAGUGGUCAAGACCACAGACACAAAACCUGAAACAGUGAAGUCCUCCAGUGCCGCGUGGAAAGGUCUUCUUGGGGGGCUGGGCAAGCCACCAUUAUGCAAGGGCCAUAAGGAAGCCUGUGUGAUUCGGAUGGUGAAGAAAGACGGCCCGAACAAAUUCAGACAAUUUUAUGUGUGUGCACGAGCUGAAGGUCACAGUGGCAACCCAGAGGCUAGAUGUGAACAUUUUGAAUGGCUGGACAAGAAUAAAAAGAAGAAGCUAUGAUUCCUAUCUGACACCAAAAACAAUACGUGUGAUUUUAAUAAGGAAUUUUAGGGUAUCAUACUCCCACCCUUUCUACAUGUUUUUCAGAAUGAACACAUAGAGAGGGGUGUUUGAUAACAAAAAAUAAAUAAAAAAUCAGAUUUGUGUUUCCAGGCAACUAGAUGACAGAGUGAAAGGAAAUUGUUUUAUUGAUAUUUCAUAAUUCAUGUAUCAUUAUGAUGAAUGACAAGCGUGUUUGUACUAACAUCACAGAAGUGCUAUUUUCCAAAGACAUUGCCACAUGUAUAUUAGAAAAGUGAGAGAAUAAAUGUUUACAGAGACA